AUGGCGGCCGGGAGCCCGUGGCGGCCGCCGUCGCCGUCGCCGCGGUUGCUGCUGCUGCUGCUGCUGCUGGCGCUGGCGGCGGGCGCGGGCAGCCUGGAGUUCGGCGGCGGCCCCGGGCAGUGGGCUCGCUACGCGCGCUGGGCGGGCGCGGCGAGCAGCGGCGAGCUCAGCUUCAGCCUGCGCACCAACGCCACGCGCGCGCUGCUGCUCUACCUGGACGACGGUGGCGACUGCGACUUCCUGGAGCUGCUGCUGGUGGACGGGCGCCUGCGGCUGCGCUUCACGCUCUCGUGCGCCGAGCCGGCCACGCUGCAGCUGGACACGCCGGUGGCCGACGACCGCUGGCACAUGGUGCUGCUGACCCGCGAUGCGCGCCGCACGGCGCUGGCGGUGGACGGCGAGGCCCGCGCGGCCGAGGUGCGCUCGAAGCGGCGUGAGAUGCAGGUGGCCAGCGACCUGUUCGUGGGCGGCAUCCCGCCCGACGUGCGCCUCUCGGCGCUCACACUCAGCACCGUCAAGUACGAGCCGCCCUUCCGCGGCCUCCUGGCCAACCUGAAGCUGGGCGAGCGGCCCCCCGCGCUCCUGGGCAGCCAGGGCCUGCGCGGCGCCGCCGCCGACCCACUGUGCGCGCCCGCGCGCAACCCCUGUGCCAACGGCGGCCUCUGCACCGUGCUGGCCCCCGGCGAGGUGGGCUGCGACUGCAGCCACACGGGCUUCGGCGGCAAGUUCUGCAGCGAAGAGGAGCACCCCAUGGAAGGUCCGGCUCACCUGACGUUAAACAGCGAAGUAGGGUCCUUACUGUUCUCCGAGGGGGGGGCCGGGAGAGGAGGAGCCGGCGAUGUGCACCAGCCAACGAAAGGCAAGGAGGAGUUCGUGGCGACCUUCAAAGGCAACGAGUUCUUCUGCUACGACCUGUCACACAACCCCAUCCAGAGCAGCACGGACGAGAUCACGCUGGCUUUCCGCACGCUGCAGCGCAACGGGCUGAUGCUGCACACGGGCAAGUCGGCCGACUAUGUCAACCUGUCCCUCAAGUCUGGGGCUGUCUGGCUGGUCAUCAACCUGGGCUCAGGAGCCUUCGAGGCCCUCGUGGAACCUGUCAACGGCAAGUUCAACGACAACGCCUGGCACGACGUCCGGGUCACCCGAAACCUGCGCCAGCACGCAGGGAUUGGACACGCUAUGGUAAACAAACUGCAUUAUCUGGUGACCAUCUCAGUGGACGGGAUCCUGACCACCACAGGCUACACGCAGGAGGAUUACACCAUGCUGGGCUCGGAUGACUUCUUCUACAUUGGGGGCAGUCCCAACACGGCUGACCUGCCGGGCUCACCCGUCAGCAACAACUUUAUGGGCUGCCUCAAGGACGUGGUCUAUAAGAAUAAUGACUUCAAGCUGGAACUAUCCCGCCUGGCAAAGGAAGGGGACCCCAAGAUGAAGCUGCAGGGGGACCUGUCAUUCCGCUGUGAGGAUGUGGCUGCCCUCGACCCCGUGACCUUUGAGAGUCCUGAGGCUUUCGUGGCACUGCCCCGCUGGAGUGCCAAACGCACUGGCUCCAUCUCCCUGGACUUCCGCACCACUGAGCCCAACGGGCUCCUGCUCUUUAGCCAGGGCCGGCGGGCUGGGGCCGGGGCCGGCAGCCACAGCUCUGCCCAGCGGGCUGACUACUUUGCCAUGGAGCUGUUGGACGGCUACCUCUACCUCCUGCUGGACAUGGGCUCUGGGGGCAUCAAGCUGCGGGCGUCUAGCCGCAAGGUCAACGACGGCGAGUGGUGCCACGUGGACUUCCAAAGGGACGGGCGCAAAGGCUCCAUCUCGGUGAACAGCCGCAGCACACCGUUCUUGGCCACCGGGGAGAGUGAGAUUCUGGACCUGGAGAGCGAGCUGUACCUGGGUGGUCUCCCUGAGGGAGGACGGGUGGACCUGCCUCUGCCCCCGGAGGUGUGGACGGCGGCGCUCCGGGCUGGCUACGUGGGCUGUGUGCGGGACCUCUUCAUCGAUGGGCGCAGCCGAGACCUUCGGGGCCUGGCCGAGGCUCAGGGGGCGGUGGGCGUCGCCCCCUUCUGCUCCCGGGAGACACUGAAGCAGUGUGCCUCUGCCCCCUGUCGCAACGGGGGCGUCUGUCGAGAGGGCUGGAACCGCUUCGUCUGUGACUGCAUCGGGACCGGCUUUCUGGGGCGGGUCUGUGAGAGAGAGGCCACGGUCCUGAGCUAUGAUGGCUCCAUGUACAUGAAGAUCAUGCUGCCGAAUGCCAUGCACACGGAGGCGGAGGAUGUGUCUCUGCGCUUCAUGUCCCAGCGGGCCUACGGGCUAAUGAUGGCCACCACCUCCAGGGAGUCCGCCGACACCCUGCGCCUUGAGCUGGAUGGGGGCCAGAUGAAGCUCACGGUCAACCUCGACUGCCUGCGCGUCGGCUGCGCACCCAGUAAAGGCCCUGAGACGCUCUUUGCGGGCCACAAGCUCAACGACAACGAGUGGCACACGGUGAGGGUGGUGCGGCGUGGCAAGAGUUUGCAGCUGUCUGUGGACAAUGUCACCGUCGAGGGACAGAUGGCAGGAGCCCAUACGCGGCUGGAGUUCCACAACAUCGAGACGGGCAUCAUGACGGAGCGACGCUUCAUCUCCGUGGUGCCCUCCAACUUCAUCGGGCACCUGAGUGGGCUGGUGUUCAACGGCCAGCCCUACAUGGACCAGUGUAAGGACGGUGACAUCACCUACUGCGAGCUCAACGCUCGCUUCGGCCUACGGGCCAUUGUGGCCGAUCCGGUCACCUUCAAGAGUCGCAGCAGCUACCUGGCGCUCGCCACGCUCCAAGCCUACGCUUCCAUGCACCUCUUCUUCCAGUUCAAGACCACAGCCCCUGAUGGGCUUCUCCUGUUCAACUCGGGCAACGGCAAUGACUUCAUUGUCAUCGAGCUGGUCAAGGGGUACAUCCACUACGUGUUUGACCUGGGGAAUGGCCCAUCCUUGAUGAAGGGGAACUCAGACAAACCAGUCAAUGACAACCAGUGGCACAACGUGGUGGUGUCCAGGGACCCAGGAAAUGUGCACACGCUCAAGAUUGACUCCCGCACAGUCACGCAGCACUCCAAUGGCGCCCGAAACCUCGAUCUCAAAGGGGAGUUGUACAUCGGUGGUCUGAGCAAGAACAUGUUCAGCAACCUGCCCAAGCUGGUGGCCUCCCGGGAUGGCUUUCAGGGCUGCCUGGCCUCGGUGGACCUCAACGGACGCCUCCCAGACCUCAUCGCUGACGCCCUGCACCGCAUCGGGCAGGUGGAGAGGGGCUGCGACGGCCCCAGCACCACCUGCACCGAAGAGUCCUGUGCCAACCAGGGCGUUUGCCUGCAGCAGUGGGACGGCUUCACCUGUGACUGCACCAUGACUUCCUAUGGAGGCCCUGUCUGCAACGACCCCGGGACCACAUACAUCUUUGGGAAGGGGGGAGCGCUCAUCACCUACACGUGGCCCCCCAAUGACCGGCCCAGCACGAGGAUGGACCGCCUGGCCGUGGGCUUCAGCACGCACCAGCGGAGUGCCGUACUGGUGCGGGUGGACAGUGCCUCCGGCCUCGGAGACUACUUACAGCUGCACAUCGACCAGGGCACCGUGGGGGUGAUCUUUAAUGUGGGCACGGACGACAUUACCAUCGAUGAGCCCAACGCCAUCGUGAGCGACGGCAAAUACCACGUGGUGCGCUUCACUCGAAGUGGCGGCAACGCCACCCUGCAGGUGGACAGCUGGCCCGUCAAUGAGCGGUACCCGGCAGGAAACUUUGAUAACGAGCGCCUGGCGAUUGCUAGACAGAGAAUCCCCUACCGGCUUGGUCGAGUAGUAGAUGAGUGGCUGCUCGACAAAGGCCGCCAGCUGACCAUCUUCAACAGCCAGGCUGCCAUCAAGAUCGGGGGCCGGGAUCAGGGCCGCCCCUUCCAGGGCCAGGUGUCCGGCCUCUACUACAAUGGGCUCAAGGUGCUGGCGCUGGCCGCCGAGAGCGACCCCAAUGUGCGGACCGAGGGCCACCUGCGCCUGGUGGGGGAGGGGCCGUCCGUGCUGCUCAGUGCGGAGACCACGGCCACCACCCUGCUGGCCGACAUGGCCACCACCAUCAUGGAGACCACCACCACCAUGGCUACUACGACCACACGCCGGGGCCGCUCCCCCACGCUGAGGGACAGCACCACCCAGAACACGGAUGACCUCUUGGUGGCCUCUGCCGAGUGUCCGAGUGAUGAUGAGGACCUGGAAGAGUGUGAGCCCAGUACUGGAGGAGAGUUAAUAUUGCCCAUUAUCACGGAGGACUCCUUAGACCCCCCUCCCGUGGCCACCCGAUCCCCCUUCGUGCCCCCACCCCCCACCUUCUAUCCCUUCCUCACGGGCGUGGGCGCCACCCAAGACACCCUGCCCCCACCCGCGGCCCGCCGCCCGCCCGCCGGGGGCCCGUGCCAGGCCGAGCAGGACGACAGCGACUGCGAGGAGCCCAUCGAGGCCUCUGGCUUUGCGUCCGGGGAGGUCUUUGACUCCAGCCUCCCCCCCACGGACGACGAGGACUUUUACACCACCUUCCCCCUGGUCACGGACCGCACCACCCUCCUGUCACCCCGCAAACCCGCUCCCCGGCCCAACCUCAGGACAGAUGGGGCCACGGGCGCCCCCGGGGUGCUGCUAGCCCCCUCCGCCCCGGCCCCCAACCUGCCUGCGGGCAAAAUGAACCACCGAGACCCGCUGCAGCCCUUGCUGGAGAACCCCCCCCUGGGGCCCGGGGCCCCCACGUCUUUCGAGCCGCGGAGGCCCCCUCCCCUGCGCCCCGGCGUGACCUCCGCCCCCGGCUUCCCCCGUCUGCCCACAGCCAACCCCACGGGGCCCGGGGAGCGGGGCCCGCCGGGCGCCGUGGAGGUGAUCCGGGAGUCCAGCAGCACCACGGGCAUGGUGGUGGGCAUCGUGGCGGCCGCGGCGCUCUGCAUCCUGAUCCUUCUCUACGCCAUGUACAAGUACCGCAACCGCGACGAGGGCUCCUACCAGGUGGACCAGAGCCGGAACUACAUCAGUAACUCGGCCCAGAGCAACGGGGCGGUGGUGAAAGAGAAGGCCCCGGCUGCUCCCAAGACGCCCAGCAAGGCCAAGAAGAACAAAGACAAGGAGUACUACGUCUGAGCCCCGGCACCGCGCCCCACUGCCAACUGCCCCUCCCGGGACGGCCCGGGAGGGGGGUGCGGCCCUCUC